UUGUCUCACAUAACCCACCUCCGAAAUGCUUUGAUUUCAAUCCGAUUCAACAUUCAAUUUCUUGGGGCGCGUCUUCACUCCAUAAAACAGCAGCAACAGAACUCUCCUCUCCUCUCUCCAUAUAUCUCGCUCUUCAAUCUUCAUUUCAGGAUUACUUUACUGGAGCUAUGCAGAAUUUGCACCGUCUUCUAUCUCGUCUUUCCUCAACUUCAAUCUCCCCCAGCACGAGUGCAGCAAAGGUUUUGAGGGAGAAGUGCAAAGUCGGUUUGGAAAGCAAUGGUAUUGAAGUUUGUAAGCUUAUCAGCUCCCGAUUUUUUUCUUUCCAAUCAGGUGGUGAUGGCCAAAAUGAGGGUGGAGAUGGGUGGGAUAAACCUUCUGCUGGAACGUUUGGCGAUAAUGCAUCAGAUAAUUUGGGGUGGGAUAACACAUCCUCAUGGUCUCUUGGACUGACCAAGGAGCAUUUUGAUGGGGAGGUGGUUGGGCGGAGAGUAAGCGGAGAUGAGAAUCCUCAGUCUGCCAUCAUCAAUAGUUUGCAAGAGAUUGAGGAUAGAAUAAAGGAAUUGGAGGCAGAGAACCGGAAGAGUAAAAAAUUUGUUGAUGGAUGGGGAGACAGAUUGAAGGAGAUAAGUGUGCUGAUGAAGCAAGUGCGUGAACCUGGUGCAAGAGGGUCUUAUCUCAAGGACUCGGAGAAGGCUGAGAUGUAUCAACUGCACAAGGAAAACCCUGAUGUUUACACUAUUGAGCGCCUCGCGAAGGAUUAUAGGAUUAUGAGACAAAGAGUGCAUGCCAUUCUUUGGCUAAAGGAGCUUCAGGAGGAAGAGGAGAAGAAGCGUGGUCGUCCAUUAGAUGAUUCUGUUGAGCUCCUGCUUGACACCUAUCCUGAAUUUUUCAGUUCCCAUGACCGUGAAUUUCAUGUUGCAUCACUUCCCUACAAACCUGACUUCAAGGUCAUGCCCGAGGGUUGGGAUGGUACCACCAGAGAUUUGGAUGAAGUCCACUACGAGAUCUCCAAGAAGGAAGAUGAGAUGCUGUAUCAAGAAUUUGUCCAGAGGUUGAACUUCAACAAAAUGAAAAUGAGAGGAGAGGUUUUCCGCCACAAGUAUAGUCGUCGUCGUUCUGCAGAUGGGUGGAAUUUUACUGUGGAGAAAAUGGGACCCAAAGGAAAGCGUGGAGGUGGUGGUGGCUGGAAGUUUGUCAGUCUGCCAGAUGGUUCUAGCCGACCACUGAAUGAAAAGGAGAAAAUGUAUGUCAAGCGAGAAACUCCACGCCAUCGACGCAAGAUCCUUCCAUGAUGACAAAGUCUGUUAUUU